AUGUCUUCUGCAGUAGCAGAUCUGGAGGUCGGUCUCCAGGCCAUGCUUCAACUUAAACCGCCAGGAGUCUCUGGCUCCCGAAUCCAAGGAAUCACAACUUUAUGCCUAUCAAAUGUCCAGUCCGAAUCCGUUCUCAUCCAGAAACUGUAUACCCAUUUUAGAAAAGCCCCCGGAACCCAUAAGCUCGGUGUCUUGUACGUCGUAGAUUCUGUAACUCGAAAAUGGUCGGAACAGGCCAAAAAUGCUGGCCAGCCUAUAAACAAUGAUGCCCAGGACGGCACGUUCGCCGCUGGAGUUAAUAGAGUAAAGGAACUGCUUCCAGUUUUGAUGAACGACAUAAUCCAAACUGCUCCCAAUGAUCAAAAGGAAAAAAUCAAGAAGCUAGUUGACAUAUGGGAGAAAGGCCAAACCUUUCCUACUCACAUGCUCAACCAGUUCAAGGAGAAACUCAACGCUCCUCCGCAAACCUCAACGACACCUCCUGGCAGUCCGCCGGAACAUCUGCAACAGGCAUUGGGAACGCCUGCUCCCUCCGCUCAACCUGUAGCCUCUAAUAAAAAUGCCUCUAUUUUGGCAGCACUUACGAAUCUUGCUCGCCAGAACAACGCUCCUUCCCCCGCCACUUCUCAGCCCCAGGAUAAUCUAUACAGCACAUCCAAUGCACAGAUUAACCCUACUUUUCCAACCGCACAGAAUGUUUAUGCUGCCCCUCAGCCUGUAAAUGUGCCAGCUCCAGCGACGUCCUUUGCAUCACAGCCGCACAUACCUGCUAUGCCAAACUAUGCCAGUAGUCAGCCAAACCCCUAUGCGGGUGCUCCUCCUGUAGCGGCUACGGCCUCGUAUGAUCCCGCCAUGCAACAGAAGUUGCAGUUGAUACAGACGCUAGCAAGUCAGGGCAUGCCACCGGAUCAAAUUGCUACUGUCUUAGCUGCCCUCCCUAACUUGGGGUCCGGGGCCGCUGCACAAGCACCGCCUCAGUAUGCUACUCAGAAUCAAAAUCAUGUUGUAGAAAAUGGAUGGGGCUCAAGACCAGAUGAAUCACGUGACCGUAAUGGGUACUCUGAGCGCGAGGCUGUAAGAUCACCACAGGAUCGUUACCGACAACGUUCCCGGUCACGAUCACCUCCUCGGGGAUGGAACGGCCAGGCGUCUCCAGCUGGCCAUCGUCGUAACGACUCCAAUUUCGAUUAUGCCGACCGGGAUAGAAACUCUCCUGGCCGAAAUCGUGGUGAUGGUUAUGGACGUGGUCGAGGAGGUAGUGAAUAUCGCCAACGUAGCCCGCCUCGCCGCGGCCAGAGUCCAAGUCCCUCUCACUCUGGCGGAGGAAAUGGUGGAGAGAAAUGGGUUGGUCACGAUGCAACCAUUGCAAGAGGAAGUAUUAAAGUGCUUAGCCGAACCUUAUUCGUAGGCGGUGUCACAAUGCCUGAACAUGAAUUGCGAAGAAUCUUCGACAAAUUUGGUCAGGUACAAACAUGCAUCGUCAAUAAAGACAAGCGACAUGCUUUUGUCAAGAUGGUAAGCCGGGAAGACGCCGUCCGCGCCAAGGAAGCAAUGGAGAAGAACAGAACACCUGAUUCUCAGCUUAGAACUCGAUGGGGAGUUGGCUUUGGACCACGGGACUGUAGCGAUUAUCAAACUGGCGUCAGUGUUAUCCCGAUUAGCAAGCUGACCGACGCGGAUCGCAAAUGGAUGCUGAGUGCAGAAUAUGGUGGCAGCGGCGGAAAGCCCAUCGAAUCAGGUAUGGUUGUUGAAGAGCCAGAUAUUGAGAUCGGUCAGGGUGUCUCUUCGAAAGCCAUAUCUCGAAGAAUGGCGACCGAUCAGAGUGGUAAUAAUGGACCGAAAUCCAGCCGUGAUCGUGAAAAGGACGACUAUGGGAGAAAUCGUCGACAUGAGCGAAAUGAUAGGAGAGAUGACCGGGAGGACAAUGGACCUCCAAGUAUGCCUGCGGUGCCGGCCUUCAACGCAGGAUUCUCAUUCCUUGGUCUACCUCAAAACGGCAUGCCAAUGCCAAUGCCAGGUUAUCCCUAUGCAGCACAACCACCGCCUCCAGGGCGUCACUAA